GCCUAUAUUUUCAGAAGGAGAAAAGGGCUCGAGGAAGACGAGGAGGAGUUCCUUGAUCAAAUACCAGGAAUGCCUACUAGAUUUUCCUAUGAGGAACUCACUGUGAUGACUGAAAUUUUCAGUGAGAAACUUGGGGAAGGGGGAUUUGGUUCUGUAUUUGAAGGAACAAUGAGUGAUGGCACCAAAAUAGCGGUGAAGCGUCUGCAAGAUUUUGGUAAUGUGAAGAAAUCAUUCUUAGCUGAGGUAGCAACAAUCGGUAGCAUUCAGCAUGUCAAUUUGGUGCAACUUGUUGGAUUUUGUGCUGAGAAAUCACACAGACUUCUGGUUUAUGAAUAUAUGGCCAAUGGCUCUUUAGAUAGGUGGAUUUUUCACGGAAAGCAGGAACGAUCUCUCACAUGGGAUAUCAGGAAAAAGAUCAUAUCAGACGUCGCCAAGGGCCUAGCUUACCUACAUGAAGACUGUAACAACAAAAUUAUUCAUUUGGAUAUUAAACCUCAGAACAUUCUUCUUGAUCAUAAUCUCAAUGCAAAAGUAUCAGAUUUUGGGUUAUCAAAGCUUGUGGGGAAAGAUGAAAGUAAGAUAGUUACAACAAUGAGAGGAACACCAGGCUAUUUAGCACCUGAAUGGUUACAUGAGGUCAUUACUGAGAAAGUGGAUGUUUAUAGCUUUGGGGUUGUGAUCUUGGAAAUCAUCUGCGGCAGGAAGAAUUUGGAUCGUCAUCAAGAUGAGGAUGAUAUGCAUUUGCUUAGUUUGUUCAUGAGAAAGGCAGUGGAGAGACAACUCUUGGAAAUGGUGGACAAGAAGAGCGAAGACAUGUAGCUACAUAGAAAAGAGGCUGUGGAAAUGAUGAAGAUUGUAGCCUGGUGUUUACAAAGUGAUUAUACUAAGAGGCCUUCCAUGUCAUUGGUAGUUAAGGUGUUUCAGGGUUUAGUGGCUGCUGAAACCGACUUGGAUUACAGCUUCACAUUUCCAACAAUGACGAGAAGAGUUGCCGGAACUAAUCAAGAAAGGGAAUCUGUGGUUGGUAUCAGUUUUCCACUUCCAUCACAGUUGUCAGGACCUAGGUAAAUUCUUAGUAGUAUUUAUCAUCAAGACUG